AGGAACGAUGACGAAUGAGAUAAUCAAUCUGGUCUUUUCGAAAUUCUGCCUGCUUCCUGCUGCGGUUUUUACGUUUUUUUUACGUCUUUUGCUAUGUUUCUGCUACUAACUUGCGAGUUUUGCUUUUUUUCUCUUUUUUUUUGUAACUGUUACUUCCUUUGUAUUUCUCUAGUGUUUUUUUGUCUGUCUGUCUGGUCGGGAUCGCACGGUCCACGGUCUAUGAUCGAUCAGUCGGUCGGUAUACGCUAUGCUAGGUACCCUACUUGUGUACCUUGUUUUUCUUUUCAUUCGGGAUGGGACUCUGGUGUGCCAUGGGAUUGGAUUGGAUUGGAUGGUAUUGUUUUGCUUCGCUUUGCUUUGUUUUGCAGAAAGGGGAUCCACAGAAAGGGAUCCACAGAAAGAGGAUUCACAGAAAGGGAUUCAAGUGGAAAUGGCAAUGGAGACGUGUAUGGGGAGUUCGCGGAGUGGAUGGAUGCAGUGGACGGAGGGACGAAGGGAGGUUUCAAACAAACAAACUAACAACUGAAUGCGAUUUUUUGAAUUUUUCCUCCCAUUCCAGUAUUUCCGUUUUCUAUCGGGAUACUCUGUUUGUUUUACCUUACC